AUGCGCCUUUUUACCGCUCUGAUCGCACUGACAGUGCUUGGUGCGGGGCGGAGACAGUUCAACAGCGACCAUGGCCGCAGCCCCGGCGUGCUGGGACCGCCACUUGCAAGUGCAGCUCCCGCUCCUGCAAGUGUGCAAACCAUCUUUCAGGCGCCGAAAGACAAUGCGGAGCGAAAUGAUCAGUCGCGUUUAGCAGCGAAAGGCAAAGGCAAGAGCAACGAACAGUUUCAUGAGGCUUAUCACACGUACAAUGAGAUUGAAGACUACAUCACGCAGCUUGUCUCCAUCUAUCCGCAAUUUGCAAGUGUCAUCUCGCUCGGCACGACGUGGGAGAACCGUUCGAUCUUGGCUCUUCAAAUUUCGCUGCCAUCAGACGACGGGGACAACGAGCCAGGAAGCUCAGAAGAGCCGCCAAGCUGGUGGCGCGAAAAUUUGCAGGCUCUGCUCCACCGACUUUCUUUUUACCGCCCGGCCGAUUCCGGUCUCAAGCCGGGCCUGAUGGUCGUCGCGGGGACGCAUGCGAGAGAAUGGGUAUCCACCGCUAGCUCGCUCUACUUUGCAGAUAAGGUUCUCUCCUUGGCGCAGGAGUACCAAACCGGCUUGCCGCCUGCGCCAGUCCCCCCGCAUAUUUCAGAGUCAAGGGCGGCGAUGCGCUCCAGAAAGUCCAAAGCAAAAUCCCACGACCAGAAGCGGCGGCGAGGGCGAAUUCACCGCCGGAAACCGCAAAAGCCGAAGCAUGACCAUGCAUCACUCUUGACGCCAAUGGAAGCGUACUACCUCUUGGACGCAUUUACGCUCACGCUUGUCCCGCUCAGCAACCCCGACGGGUAUGCGUAUACGUGGGAUAAGCACAAGGGCAACAGGCUGUGGAAGAAGAACAGGCAGCCGGCGUCAUCAGGCGAAGAGACCGAGUGUAUCGGGAUCGACGUCAACCGGAACUGGGACUAUGCGUUCGUGCCAAGUUCGGACCCUGCAGCACGGUGCUCCGAGUCAUUUGCCGGCUCUGAAGCUUUAGAAGCGCUCGAGACGCGCGCGCUCUCCAACUUCUUGCUCGAUGAGGGCAACAAUGUCAAAGCAUUUGUCGACCUGCACUCGUAUGGCCAGCAUGUCAUGUACCCCUUUGCGACAUCGUGUCAAGAAGCGCUGCCGGACGAAGAGGAUCUGGCAGAAGUCGCGCUGGGAAGCGCCAAGGCGCUCAGGGAGUUGCACAAGAGUAGCUUCACGACGGGACGCAUUUGCGAUCUUCUCUUUUCGAGCUGGAGCAAUUCGAUCGACUGGUCGUAUGCCGUCGCGAAGAUCAAGUGGUCUUUUGCCGUCGAGCUGCGCGAUGUAGGGACGUACGGAUUCUUGCUCCCCGCGCAGCAGAUCGUUCCGACGGGGGAGGAGCUCGUCAGCAUGCUUGCGUAUUUGCUUCACUUUAUCGAAAAGGUGCGUUCCCGAAAGCGGUCCUUCGACAGAUCUUGUGCCGACUGCGAAGCUGACAGGAACUAUGCCUAUAUGCAUCUCUAUUACAUGCAGAAAGAAAAUUAA